CUAAGCCCUCCUCUUCGCCCCUCCCCCCUCCUCCCUAGCGGCGCAGCCAGUCCUCUAUCGCGAGCCCCUCUUUAUCCACCACGCCACUCCUUGCUGGCGUUGCCCGAUUCCGGUGACUUCCUGCGCCUAUGGCCGGCGCGUAGCACAUCCUCAUCCUCCCCUCGCUCCCCUAAUUCAUUCCCUCUGAUUAGAUUCACCAGUCUCGGCCCCCAGAGCUAGCUCGCAAGACCUUCCCGUGGCUAGGCAACAUCCAGACAAGCAACUCCACGCCCAACUCCGCUCCUUCCAGGCACUAAUCCAUGCUCCGCCGAUUGGGUCGAGGAAAGGACGUCAACCCACCGCACCUGCCGGAUAUGCCAAGCCAGAGGCCGGAUCUGCAGAGCCAGCGGCCGGAUCCGUCGAGGUCACUCCUGGAUCUCGAUCUUCUUGUCCUCCCCGCCUUCUCCUCUGUCGACGGCAGGCAGUAGAAACAUGCAAGCCGCACGCGACUGCUCCAACAAGAGGAAGACGCGAGGUGCGACGCAAUGAUGCGUGGUCCAUCCGGGCACGGCAUCGGCGGGCACCACCUCACAAGUGCACGACUUUGGCAGCCAACACCGGCACCCAAAUCAGAUCCACCGAACCCAGGCGUGGGCUCCGACGGGUGUGAGGAGGAGAUGACCAAGGGCGAGGGUCCAUUGAUCCGCAUCGACCUCGAGACGACCUACUCCUACGCCGGCAUGUGGCUGCAGGUUGAGAUCAGGGCCAACGACCAGGGCAACCACACCACACUACAUAGCCUGAACCAUCUCGCAAUGAACCCCACCAACACCAUCGCCGGUUUGUGUCUUCUUACUAAGUACACACUAGUUGAGCAGCUGAGCUUGAGGCAGCAACCAAGGAGCUUGAGGCGUUGCAUGUUGAUCAAAAUCAAGAAACACAUGUAAGAUUGGGUAGCAAGUUACUUGGUGUUUCCUAUCACAAUCAGCCACAACAUGAUAAUUGCCACAAGAAGGCCGAGGAUGAGAACAUGAAUAAGAGUCUUAAUAGUUUAUAUGGUUUGUUGAUGUAAAAUUGCUGGUUCCUAACCUUGAUGUGAUAUAUUUUAUCAAUCUAUGUUGUAAGUUAUAAUUUCGUAGACGAUUUUGGAGGAAUAAACUGCUAUGUUGUACAUACAUACAGUUGGCUGCAUACUCGGUGAACCGUAUAAUGUUUGACACCUUGCAAAUACUUCCUCUUGGGUCAAAGUUGGCAUUAGGAUCUAUGUGAUGCAUUAUGCUAAAAAUGUACUGGUUGAAAAUUAGGCCGAAAUAAAUGUGCUAAUAAUGGGCUCGACCCAAUUUAUACUGUACCUAAAUCCGUGACGAUUUUUAUGACGAAAAUAGUAUCCACGUAGGCAGCCAUGUUGGUCAAUUGAAAAUCCUACAUGGCAUUAA